AUGCUGAAGGAGCCAACAUCACAGUGUAGCAACCCCCCUAACCUUGAGGUGUUCCUGUUACGUAAGACACUCCUGGCUGGUAUUGUGACAUCUUCUACUUCUUGCAUCCUCCAGAAAAAAGGUUGUAUAUUUUAGCGUCUGAGGUGAUUAUUGUGUAAAUGUCAAGUCCUCCCUGACUGAACUGGCCUGUGAAAGGUGAACUUAAAGUUCAGUCAGAUUUUUUGGCCCAUUCUAUAACUUCUUCCCAAUGGUUCCUAUGACUGAACAAGGCUCGACCUUACCUCAUGGGCUCUUUUAAUACUUACAUUUGAUUACUUUCCCUUCAAAGAAAACACUACAUAGGCUCCAUUAUUUUCUGCUAGUAGGUCUUUAAACAAAUACAAUGAAUUCACUCAUAGCGUUCUAUAUUAUGAUGUAGAGUAUGACUAGCUGCUGAGUUGCACUUCCUCUGUAAAUGAGGUGGAACAGAGGAGCUAAAUAAAGUUGGUUCAAAACCCCCAGUAACAGGCUAAUAUCCACAUGGGUGAAGGAACUCAACUAAACCAGGGACCAUGUAUGCAAGCAGCGAGUGUGUUCCCUAUGUUUGUUUCCAGUGUUUGCCUCAGUCAAUUGCCUGUAGCACAGUAGUUGGAGCCCAAUUGGCUGCGUUGUGGAUAAGCCUAAUUGGUAGUGCGAUAGAGAAAACAGCUCCAGCCCCAUGUCAGGCUUAUCGUAGAGGACUGAGAGAUGCCAGGAGAUUGCAGAAACAAAGUUUUGGGCCGUAUUGACAGACGUCUGGCUAGAGACACACAAAGCCCUGCCUGUGUUCCACUGGAUGUUUUCAGCGCAGUAGCCCUCUGUUUCUACUGUGUCAUUCACCUCACACUAAACCUGCCCACACAACUGUGUUGAGAGAGUUCUACUCUGCCCACUCACACACUCACAGACACACAGAUGCUCUCUAUCACACACACGCCUGGCAAAUGCUUAGAGAGCCAUGAAAUACAGACUUAUUUUUAUGCCUUUUGGAGUCAACUAAAACAACGUUUCUGUAUGAUUUCUUCCACAAAUUUUUUUUUUUUUUGCCAUUGUCAUGUGUAUUGACUCAGAGUAUGAAGUGGAAAAGAUUGAGGCAGGGCAAUAGAUAAUAACAAACAUACAGUAUAUUCCUACUAAUCAUGUCAUGGGUUGUGGGUGUUUUACUGUCUGACAUCUGUCACAGUGAACCUCACAUGUGUCUUUGUGCGUGGUAACCUCUAUGUUGGUGACCUGUCUCGCCCUCAGAUGUCAACGAGUGUUUGGACCAAUCGGUGUGCACCCACGGUAGGUGUGUCAACUCCGAGGGCUCCUACAGCUGCAACUGUUACCAAGGAUACCAGGCCUCUCUGGACAACAGCAGUUGCCAAGGUACUUGUUUGUGAAAACAUAAGUCACACAUCAUUCAUUCUUCAGGUUCGGUAUUAAAAUAACAGUUCUCUGAAGGGGAAAUAGUGCUACUGAAGAAGCCUUUGAGGUCCAGGGGGUUUCAAUAAAUGUUGUUAACAGUGAGGAGGAGCGGUGGUUUAACAAGGUCCUCCUCCAUACUGUAUUUUCUCCAGAUGUGGAUGAGUGUCUGCUCCCCGGAGCCUGCCUCCAUGGCAGGUGUGUCAAUCUGGAUGGCUCCCACAGGUGCAGCUGUAACACUGGUUACCAAACCACUCCUGACGGCAGGGCCUGUGAAGGUCUGUAAAAUAUUAGAUGUGUGGAAUAUGACCCUUCACGGCAUACCACUGUUCCCUUUGAGCUCUGAGCUCUCUAUGGCUCUUUUAAUGCCUCAUCAUUGUUUUUAUUAGAUGUUGACGAAUGUGCUACACCUGUGUGCCCCGCGGGAAUUUGCACCAAUACCGAAGGUUCCUACUCAUGCAAGAACUGCCGACCUGGAUUCCAGCGAUCAGCGGAUGGACAGAGAUGUGAAGGUAUGGAACCUGUACAACCUUUAGCGUUUCAGGCAACACACUGAAUUAUCAUCAUCUACCAUAGACAGAUAAAGCAUGUCAGACAGCGUGUAGCAACCUACCGUUCAUUCUUCAUGAUAAUCUGUAUUUUUGUUCCAGAUGUGGAUGAGUGCUCCAAUGCAGACAUGUGUCUGGGAGGGGUAUGUGCCAACACAGAGGGCUCCUUCACCUGCACCCGCUGUAAAGAUGGAUACAAGGUGUCCCAGGACAGGCACAGGUGUGAGGGUGAGUCCAGCCAAAGCGUUCCCCAACUGGCACAUUCACCCACGCCUUCUGUAAAGGCUUGCCCUUUGCAUGUAUCAAUUGUAUAACUGUCUCUGUUAUUGUGACAUAGGUGUGUCUUAGAACUGUAACGCAAUACUUGUAUAUAGUUUGUUUGCCAAUAGUAAUUAAUGUCUGUGCUGGUCUGAUGUCUCCUCCAGAUAUUGAUGAGUGCCAGUCUCGGUCUGUGUGUGCUAACGGGAUCUGUCUGAACUCUGAGGGCUCCUACUCCUGCAUCACCUGUCCCUCAGGCUACAGCAUCUCCCUAGACGGAGAGCUCUGUGAAGGUUUGUCCAUUCUCCCUGAAACCACAUCUAAUGGUCCAACGAAGGAGUGGUGUUUUACUUAAUAGUCUGUAUUGGUGUAUUACAGAUAUUGAUGAGUGUGAGCUGCACACUACGUGCCCCAGGGGAACAUGCACCAACACUGAGGGUUCCUUCACCUGCACCACCUGUGGGUCAGGCUAUAGAGUGACUGAGGAUGGGCUAGAGUGUGAAGGUGAGGCUUUCUUGGACGGAUUUCCUGCGUACAUGUGAGUUGGUGAAUGUACGCCAGAGUUUGUGCAUUUGUGUGUGCGUUAGCAGGGCGUGUGUUACCGAAUGCUGUAUGAGCAUGUUAGGUUCUGCCCUCUGCCCUGCAUGUGACAGAUGUGAGAGAGUGUGCCAGGUAACGCCCCAUUGGGUCCUGCGUGAGUCCAGCCAGGCCUGUCUCCCACAUCGCCUUUUGUUAACAGCAGGCUCAGGUUGUCUGUAAAUGAUGUCAGGUGUGACGGCUUGGACCCAAAGCCCCUCUCCUUAGCUAAAGAUCCUAAAAUACUCCUCCCAGACAUCACAUCAUAACUGGAUCCUGCAUCCCUCUCCCUCUGGCACCCUCCAUCUGAUCCGCGUUCAAAAGAAAGAGACAUGGGCCUCAAAUAAAACACGGUGAAGUCAGCAUGUCCCACUGAUAGAUCAGCUGGCGAGAUAGAUGUGUUGACAGUGGAAUUUUAUGCCAUAUCAAUUAUAAACUGAUCGAAAUGAUUACAUGUGGCAUGUAGUCAUAUUUUCCACCAGGCAUGCUAUCCUCUGCUACAGUUCAGGUAUGUAGUUAACUCUGUCCUGUUGUUCAGAUGUGGAUGAGUGCUUGGUGGCUAACGUGUGCCCAGGCCAGCUGUGUAGGAACAGUCCCGGUUCCUUCUCCUGCAGGAGCUGUGGAACUGGCUUUACCCUGUCUGAGGAUGGCUCCUACUGCCAGGGUAAGACUGUCUAACCUCUGGAACACACUCACACUCACCCCCGCCCUCCUAUUCUUCUCCACAAGAGGAACAGUACAGAUCCAGUUCUAUACGCUAAUGUUAUUUAAUGGAAGGGUGGAUUGAGACUAGGAAGAAGAUCUCCUUUUUAAAAUGUUUUUGCCCUGGGAAAGUCCUGAGAACAAGUCCAAGUCAGACUUUGAUUUUAAUGGAUGUCUUCAUGCCAGGGAAAGAUUAACGGCUUCAUUUUAAAUGAAACCAACCACUCCUCAGCUCCUACGCAGCUAGCACACAUUGUGGAACUCCUCUGUUGACCCACAGGCAAACCAAAAGCCAUUCCAUUCACUUAACAAUGGCCUUCACUAUUUUCCCCAUAAGAAAUACAAUCUGUACCAGAGCAAGGAAUUUCCAAUGAUCACAUAACAGAGAGCCAUGAGUGUUUGUUGAUACAGUAAUUAUACGCCACCUGUAAUAGCUUGCUGUUUUGGAAUAGAUGCCUGUCCUGCAUACUUCUCUCCACCCAUUUUAAUAAAGCACUGUCAGUGCAAGCUAAUAAAGGAGGCUUUGCUUACUGUACGUGCAGACUGACUUCCUUGCAUUCAGCCAUUAGUCAUGUUAUCAGGCCAGAGGCAGACUGAGAGACUGUCUCCUUGGGCUAAUGGGCUAGAUCUGACCUCACUCAUUUAGGAUGGAUGAAGCUAUCUAUCUAUUAUCUCUAUAUCUCUCGAGAGAGAAGAGAGAGAGAGAGAGAGAGAGAGAGAGAGAGAGAAGAGGAGAGGCGAGAGAGAGAGAGAGAGAGAGAGGAGAGAGAGCGAGAGAGCGAGAGCGGAGCUAGAAGAGCAGAGAGAGAGAGAUAGAUCUCUCUCUCUCUCGCUCUCUCUCUCUCUCUCUCUCUCUCUCCUCUCUCUCUCUCUCUCUCUCUCUCUCCUCUCUCUCUCUCUCUUUCUCUCUCUCCCUCCUCCCUCCCUCCCUCCCUCAGACAUAAAUGAGUGCCUGUCCCCAGGGGUCUGCCCCAUGGGCGUUUGCAGCAACACAGAGGGCUCCUACUCCUGUAUGACCUGUGACCUUGGCUUCACGCUGGCGCCCAAUGGGCUCUCCUGUGAAGGUACUACUUUUUUACUUGGGACUGAACUCUAAUGUCCCUUCACUCAUGCUGGAAGUUCUCCUCUUAUGCUGAUGAUUUAUUUGUAGUCAGUCACAGCUCUGCAUGGUAGACGAACAUCAUAAUAAUGGCCGGAACAGAUCAAAUAAUAGUAAAGACAUCAAAACUAUGAAAUAACACAUAUGGAAUCAUGUAGUAACCAAAAAAGUGUUAAACAAAUCAAAAUAUAUGUUAUAUUUGAGAUUCUUCAAAGUAGACACCCUUUGCCUUGAUGACAGCUUUGCACACUCUUGGUAUUCUCUCAACCAGCUUCAUGAGGAAUGCUUUUCCAACAGUCUUGAAGGAGUUCCCACAUAUGCUGAGCACUUGUUGGCUGCUUUUCCUUCACUGCGGUCCAACUCAUCCCAAACCAUCUCAAUUGGGUUGAGGUCGGGUGAUUGUUGAUGCCAGGUCAUCUGAUGCAGCACUCCGUCACUCUCCUUCUUGGUCAACUAUGCCUUACACAGCCUGGAGGUGUGUUGGGUAAUUGUCCUGUUGAAAAACAAAUGAUAGUCCCACUGAGCGCAAACCAGUAAGCAUUUCACUGUAAUGUCUACACCUGUUGUAUUCGGCGCAUGUGGCAAAUCAAAUUUGAUUUAAUUUGAGAUGGGAUGGCGUAUCGCUGCAGAAUGCUGUGGUAGCCAUGCUGGUUAAGUGUGCCUUGAAUUCUAAAUAAAUCACAGACAGUGUCACCAGCAAAGCACCCCCACCACAUCACACCUCCUCCAUGCUUCACUGUGGGAGCCACACAUGCAGAGAUCAUCCGUUCACCUACUCUGCGUCUCACAAAGACACGGCGGUUGGAACCAAAAAUCUCAGACUCCUCAGACCAAAGGACAGAUUUCCACCGGUCUAAUGUCCAUUGCUCGUGUUUCUUGGCCCAAGCAGGUCUCUUCUUAUUGGUGUCCUUUAGUAGUGGUUUCUUUGCAGCAAUUCGACCAUGAAGGCCUGAUUCACGCAGUCUCCUCUGAACAGUUGAUGUUGAGAUGUGUCUGUUAAUUGAACUCUGUGAAGCAUUUAUUUGGGCUGCAAUCUGAGGUGCAGUUAACUCUAAUGAACUAAUCCUCCGCAGCAGAGGUAACUCUGGGUCUUCCUUUCCUGUGGCGGUCCUCAUGAGAGCCAGUUUCAUCAUAGCGCUUGAUCGUUUUUUUGCAACUGCACUUGAAGAAACCUUCAAAGUUCUUGACAUUUUCCGGGUUGACUGAUCUUCAUGUCUUAAAGUAAUGAUGGACUGUCAUUUCUCUUUGCUUAUUUGAGCUGCUCUUGCCAUAAUAUGGACUUGGUCUUUUACCAAAUAGGGCUAUCUUCUGUAUACCACCCCUACUUUGUCAUAACACAACUGAUUGGCUCAAACGCAUUAAGAAGGAAAUAAAUCCACAAAUUGACUUUUAACAAGGCACAUCUGUUAAUUGAAAUGCAUUCCAGGUGACUACCACAUGAAGCUGGUUGAGAGAAUGCCAAGAGUGUGCAAAGCUGUCAUCAAGGCAAAGGGUGGCUCCUUUGAAGAAUCUCAAAUAUAAAAUAUAUUUUGAUUUGUUUAACACGUUUUGGUUCCAUAUGUGUUAUUUCAUAGUUUUGAUGUCUUCACUAUUAUUCUACAAUGUAGAAAAUAGUAAAAAAUAAAGAAAAACCCUUGAAUGAGUAGGUGUGUCCAAACUUUUGACUGGUACUGUAUAUUCAUGUGGUAGGUUGUGACACUGUGACGAGGUGUGAAAGCAGGAGUCAGGCGCAGGAGGUAAAAUACCAGAGUUUAAUCCGUUUGCAUAAAUCAAACGCCCCAAGCGUCAAACAACACUGUACAAGGGAAAACAUCCACCUUGGCAAAUAACACAGUGAAAUGUAGCUCAACCGAGCUACACGCUCUCACAACAAUCACUCACAAAGACAAGGGGAACAGAGGGAACACUUGUACACAUAAUGUCCAGAGGAGGUGGAGGAACCUCCCGUACCUCAGACUCCUGGAGCGGACCAGCUACCACCGGCCUGAGGAGAGACACAUGAAACGAGGGGUUAAUACGGUAAUCAGGGGGGAGUAACAACCUGUAUGUCACCUCGUUUAUUCUCCUCAGGACUUUAAACGGCCCCACACACCGCGGGCUCAGCUUCCGGCAGGGCAGGCGGAGGGGCAGAUUCCGGGUCGAGAGCCAGACCCGAUCCCCCGGUACGAUCACUGGGGCCUCCCUGCGGUGGCGGUCAGCAUUGGCCUUCUGACGACGCACGGCGCACUGGAGGCGAACGUGGGCAGCGUCCCAAGUCUACUCCGCGCGCCGAAACCAGUCAUCCACCGCGGGAGCCUCGGUCUGGCUCUGGUGCCACGGUGCCAGGACCGGUUGGUAACCCGAAACACAUUGGGAGGGUGUUAGGUUAGUGGAGGAGUGGCGGAGAGAGUUCUGAGCACCGUGGCACCAGAACACCGACCACUCCCCCGGCCGGUCCUGACAGUAGGUCCGCAGGAACCUAUCUUGAUUCACCCUUUCCACCUGCCCAUUGCUCUCGGGGUGAAAACCAGAGGUCAGGCUGACCGAGACCCCAGACGUUCCAUGAACGCCUUCCAGACUCUAGACAUGAACUGGGGAUCUCGGUCGGACACUAUAUCCUCUGGUACCCCGUAGUGCCGGAAGACGUGAGUAAACAGAGCCUCCACAGUUUGUAGGGCCGUGGGGAGACUGGGCAGAGGAAGGAGGCGGCAGCACUUUGAAAAGCGGUCCACAACGACCAGGAUCAUGGUGUUACCUUGGGAGGGGGGAAGAUCAGUGAGAAAAUCUAUUGUAGCUUACCCGCUGGGAGGUGCCUAAGUGCCUUACUCUGGGCGCGCACUGAGUAUGAGGAAACAUACACCCUCACAUCCUUAGCCAAGGUAGGCCACCAGUACUUCUCGGUCAGGCAGCGCAUUGUACGACCGAUACCUGGAUGACCAGAAGAGGGUGAUGUGUGUGCCCAGUAGAUCAGACGAUCACGGAUAAGCGCAGGCACGUACUGCAGCCCAGCUGGACACUGCGGUGGAGAUGGAUCUGUGCGUAAUGCCUGCGCUAUAUCUGCGUCCAUCGCCCAUACUACCGUAGUGUUUUCCACUCAUCCCCUUCCCGAAUACGCACCAGGUUGUAGGCACUCCUGAGGUCUAAUUUGGUGAAAAAACGGGCCCCAUGCAUUGACUCAAUCACUGAAGGAAUGAGGGGAAGAGGAUAACUAAAUCGUACCGUCACAUUAUUCAGUGGUCGAUAAUCAAUGCACGGGCGUAAACCACCAUCUUUCUUCUUCACAAAGAAGAAACUCGAGUAGGCAGGUGAAGUGGAGGGACGUGUAUACCCCUGGCACAGGGACUCGGUGACGUAUAUUUCCAUAGCCUCCGUUUCAGCCUGCGACAGGGGAUACACAUGACUCCUGGGAGGUACAGCGUCUACCCAAAGGUUUAUCGCGCAAUCCCCCUCCCGAUGAGGUGGUAAUUUAGUCGCUUGCGUCUUGGAAAACACCAGCGCCAGAUCAUGGUAUUCGGGGGAAAUGCGCACGGUGGGGGUACCGUCUGGACUUUCCACCGUGGACGCACCAACGGAAACACCUAGACACCUACCCGGACACUCACACGACCACCCCGUAAGAACCCUCUGCAGCCAUGAGAAAUUGGGGUUGUGAAGGGCUAACCACGGGAUACCCAAGACUACAGGGUAAGCAGGAGACUCAAUAAUCAUAAAGAUGAUCUGCAAAACAUUUGUCUCCUGCGUAAUCAUGGUGACUGGUACAGUAACUUCCUUAACCUACCCGGACCUUAAUGGUCGACUAUCUAGUGCUCUGAUGGGGAGUGGAAUGGUUAGUGGAACCAAUGAAAUGCCUUGACGGUGUGCAAAUGCCCUGUCCAUAAAAUUCCCAGCUGCGCCUGAAUCGACUAGCGCCUUACAGUGGGAACCUACCAAGUGAUCUGGAAAGGAGAUAGAUAAAGUACAGUGCGCCGCAAAGGGCUCUGAACACGUUUGGGUGUUCGUUACCUGGGGUGAUGCGUGAGUACCCUGCCUACCGCCUCCAGACCCAAAAGAACGUUGACUGUGACGUGAGGUGGAUUGUCCCUUCGUGCCACCAGAGUGGCACUGUCGCUGUCCUCCUGCGCACUCUCGACCGGCGGCUCCCCCUAACAGCUCCAUCUGCUCGGGGUCAGAGUCGUCCGGAGUGGGAACGGGCAGACCCCUACUAGGACGUCCUCUGGCUGCUAGCAGAUUGUCCAGCCGGAUGGCCAUGUCCUCCAGUUGGGAGAACGAUAGCAUGGCAUCCCGGCAGGCUAGCUCCCGUCGGAUGUCCUCCCUUAGGUGGCACCGGAAAUUGUCUAUCAGGGCCCGCUCGUUCCACCCGGACCCCGCUGCCAGCGUCCGGAACUCCAGCGCGUAGUCCUGAGCGGUCCUCAGUCACAAUCACUCACAAAGACAAGGGGAACAGAGGGAACACUUAUACACAUACUAAUUAGGGGAAUGAGCACCAGGUGUGUGUGAUUGACAAGACAUGACAAGUGGAGUGAUGAGAAUGGAAUCGGCAGUAGCUAGUACUCCGGUGACGACGAACGCCGAAGCCUGCCCAAACCAGGAGGGGGGGCAGCCUUGGCGGAAGUCGUGACAGACACUUUCCUUGAAGUUUUGGCGGCUUUAUUUGGAGGACAAACUGAGGACCCACUUGGAAUAAGACCCAAUGACAUCCCAGCUGUGGUGUGAAUGUGUCACACUACAUUACGUACUGUGUGUGUGUUUCCCCUCCGUGUCCCCUGCCCUGGCAGACAUCAACGAGUGUGAGGACCACGGUCUGUGUCUGGGAGGACAGUGCACCAACAGCCCAGGUUCCUACAGCUGCUCCUGUCCCCCGGGCCUGGAGAUGGUGGACGGGACAUCCUGCAGAGGUACACACACUCACACCCACUCUCUUGGGAUGGGGGGGGGGGGGUGAUGUCCUCUCCUGUUCAGCUGUGUGUGUAUUGAUGAACUGUCCUUGAUUAACUAUCCGAUUAGCCUGUCAUGUUUGACUCUGUGUGUGCGUGUAUUACAGAUGUGGAUGAGUGUCAGUCUGGGGGGAUCUGUGGAGAUGGGGACUGUCUAAACACAGAGGGUUCCUACCUCUGCAUCUGCCCUGAUGGAUACACCACAGGCACCACAGAUGGAAUUGGCUGCCAAGGUGAGAGAGAUAUACUGCCAGGUUUAUAACUAACUACCUACUGGUUUGAAUACAUUACCACAAAUAGCGCAAGCCACAAGCCCCUCUCCUCUCUUGGUGAGGGCAGACAGUUCAUGCAGAGGGCAGCUUGUACUCCCUGACCCUGUCUCUCUCAGGGCUGACCCCUCUCCCCCUGCACUCCCCCCUGAUCCCCCCUGCUCCUGCUCUGGGGUGCCUGGGUGUCCACUUGUUCCCCAGGCCAGUUAGGCAGCAGUCAUCAAACCCAGCCAUUGUUUCUAACAGGCCAUGGCCAGACAUCAACAGUCUCACUGCUCCCCCUCUCUCAGCUCCACUGGACCAGGUUUGAUGUCAUUCCAGCCGCACCCAUUGCCCUGGUCACAACAGAGAGAAAAAAACGCUGCUCCUAAUUGUUGGCCAGAGAGCUAGCUAGCCUUUCACUGGAACUUUCUGGAGCAUUAGCUGUCAAAAUACAGAAGAAUGGAACCCUCUGGGUGAAUCAAUAUGAAGGGAACAUAACUCAGGCUAAAACGAGGAAUGCAUAUUAUUGAUUCUGGUAUAGUUUACUGCUGAAGGGUAUCUAGUGUUAGCAUAGCCUGAAUGACAAAACAUUGGGCAGUACACUGAGCAUGUUAUCGCUCUAGAGUGAUGUGAAGCAGGUAAGCAUAGAGCAGGGCCUUUCUCUGCGGGUGGAAGAUCCUGGAGGGGGUUGAGGGGCCGAGACCUCUUCCAGCCAUACAUCUACAGUUUAGUCAUUUAGCAGACGCUCUUAUCCAAGGGCACAUCAACAGAUUUUUCACCUAGUCAGCUUGGGGAUUCGAACCAACGACUUUUCGGUUACUGGCCCCACGCUCGUAACCGUGAGGCUACCUACCGCCCCAUACGUACUCAGCAGGCAAGGCAGCCCCUCCCCAGUGCCCAGUGCUGAUGGCUGGGCUCUCCCUUAAGUCCCCUGGGCUGUGGCCAUGUACUACAGCACCACAACAGUGAGCAAGGCAGGCCCAACCUGCACACUCCCCUGGCCCUCUGCCACAGCAAAUACUGCCCUUUAAUUAUCCUAUAAAUCAGAGGCUGGGUAUAUUUUCAUACCGUCUGCCGUUGUGUGUGCAGCGCUGACACAAUGAAAGCCAGGCCUCUCUGCCAUGGGCCCUGCAGGGAGAGGAGAGGGGGUGCAUGGGAAGGAGGGGGUCUGGUGAGCCCAGAGUGGUUGGUGCUCUGGUUGGAACACAGGUGGACUGGCUGGAUAGAUGGCUGCUUACAGUGCUAUGGGCACUGGCACUGUCUGAGACUCAACAGUGGACAUAGGACUAAUAUAAAUCACAAAGAUUAACUAAUCACUAGUCAAUCUAGCAUAACCUGCCAUGCAGCUCUGUUUGAGAUAAAUCAUUGCUAUAAAUGUUUGUUAUUGAAUCAUAUAGUUAUUAAACUGGAACAUACAUUUGGGUGCUUACCAAGGCUGUUCUCAGACAGUUUUGUUCCCUGUAUGUGUUUACUAUCUACCUUAUUUCAUUAUCAGCCCUUGGCAAAAGAAUAGGGGCUUUUCAAUCAUGUUCUAUUUUUGUUGCUUUUCUGCCUUGCCCCCACUUAUUAUUCUGUCCAAAUACCUUGUAAGUUAUGUUGUAAUGUGGCAAUUAUCCACCAAUCUACAUUUAAUCAAGCAUAAAGCCAUCAUUAUAAAUGUUUUACUAGUCGGAGUGAAUGUUCCCAGACCAAUAGCUAACCCAGCAAACCGGGAACAUUCCCAGGACAUUAUCUAAGAUUCCCAUUAAGAUUUAGUUAUGAUUUGAUCUAACAUUAGGAUUAUAACAUCCCAAAAAGAUUCAAAUAAUAUUUUUGAUAACCAAAUCUUGUUUUUCAGUAUAUAGCCAUGGCAGUAUGGUCAAUCAGGAAUUUCAUGCUUCCUUUUUAGCCUUCUUAGACAUAACUAACCCAGGGAUAUACUGGCAACUGGGUUAUUCACCAACACUUCACCCAUCCUCUUUAUAUGCUGCGUACUUCUGGGCCCAUAUUUACAAGGUAUCCAAGACUAUGAGUGCUGCUCUAGGAUCACUUUUGUUUUUUAGAUCAUGAAAAAUAAGACAGGGGGGACCAUAUCAAGCUUCUCAAAGUAGGAAUUAUAUUGGGUGCGGAAAAAAAAGUUAAACAGUACAUUUUUACAUAAUGUUUAAGUCUAAAUUCUGCAAUUCUGACUGGAUUUCUAAAUCUAAAUGAAAUAAAGACAUCCUCUCUUCUAGUAGAUUAUAUCUGAGCCUCAAUUUCACCUGGUUUUUAUUUCUUCAAAAGAACAUGGUUAAAGAAAAUGCGGCAUUGAACCUGCAAUCUUCAGAUCUGCAGCCAGAUCAUCAACCCUCGUUUUAUAAUCAUCAGCACGACUGGACAGUUUUUGUGUUAUGAGAACAUUUGCCGGAACCUAACAAAUGUUCUGGGAACUUUCCCAGAACCAAUUCUGGUUUGUUGGGAAGGUACAUACUUUUUUUCAUAUUUCCUGUUUGCCAGUACGGUAAAGUGUUCCAAAUGGGCAAUGUAUCUUACUCUCAGACAAACCCUUGACUGCACACAUUAUUUUUCUUCAUGCUAAGAGAGAAUGAGAUUCUCAGUGGGCGGACUGAUUCAUAUUGUACCAAAGAAGAUAAUACUUCAAGACUGUCAUCAACAAAGAAAACGUAACAAUACUUUUCUUUCACACUUUCCUCUCUUCUCGCUUCUCAUCUCCAUUUGUCUCUUUUUCUCUCGGUCUCACUCUUGCCUCGUCUCUCUCUCUUUCACUCUCUCUCUCCCCCCUCUCCUCCUCCUCUCUCCCUCCAGAUGUUGAUGAGUGCAGUAAGGAUGGCGUGUGCUCCCAUGGUCAGUGUCUCAACACGGAUGGCUCCUACAUCUGCCUGUGUGAGGCUGGCUUCAAGUACUCUGCAGAUACAGCCGACUGUGAGGGUAAGAAUACUCUACCAACCUCAUAACUCCCUCACUCUACCCACAACAAGCCACUGCUUCUGCCCCAGUUGAAACACCCCACUCUCACAACAUUUCAGCAGAGUUAAUAGAACGUUCUGGUCCAUUUAGACCAGAGUUCGCUCCGGUGUUUGACACGUUGCCUAUGAUUGAUUAUGUAGCUGUAAUCAGUUCGAUGUCAGUGGUGACAUUCCCUCAGUGAGAGAGUCCAAUCCUGGCUCAGAGAAUUAACCCAUUGUAGGAUGGAGGUGUUUCUCCCUCUGGAACGUCUCCCUUUGCUCCUUCACAAGUUUUUCAGUUGCUGUAAAAAUAUUGUUCUUGGCCAUAACGAGUGCCUGCUGCUGAGCACUGAGGACAGCAGCACAACAGGCCUCCUGGCCAGGCCUACUCAUGCUGGGGAGCUAUUGUGCUGCCUGUGAGGAGUAGGGUGGUGUGUGUGAGUGCAUGUGUGUGUGUGCAUGCAUGUAUGACAUAAGCACAAUUUUAUCUCAGGGUUCCUGGCCGGGCCUACUCAUGCUGGAGAUCCAUGCUGCUGUGAGAGGUGGAGGAUAGGAUUGAUGUGUGUAUGUGUAUGACAUUAGAACAUCGUCUGUCUCUUUCCACAGAUCAGAAUGAGUGUAAGGAGUUUGGUAGCUCAGUGUGUGGCACCUGGCGCUGUGAGAACACCAUUGGCUCAUACCGCUGCUUCAUGGGCUGCCAGCCUGGCCUGUACGGAGAGGACAACCCAGACUGUGGUAAGUCAGAGUGGACACACAGGCUCUGUGCUUAGUCAACAGGCAAUGUAUUUACUUAGUGGAAAGCUGAAGGCACCCGAGUUUCAGCCUCACUGCUCAUUUACCUUGGGGUAGGCGAGGACAGGGCAGUUGUCUGAAAGCAGCACUCUGCAUUGUCUCGAUGACCCUCCAGCCCACCCCCACCAUACAGAGAUACUGAUAUCACUUUGGCACGCAUACACAAAGAGGUUCAUGUGAAUCAAAUGCUAUCAGGUGCACUGGGCCUUCCCGGCCAGGGGAGCAUAGAAAAGGAAAUGGGCCCUGAAAUUGGGCCACUUUAGAAAGGGAGUAGCGGUGUCAUCCGAGGCAGUGUUCGAGGCCCGCCUGAUAAUAGGGCCAGGUCUCAUCCUCCAGACAAUGGGGCUAAUGGAGCCCUAUUGGCAGGGGCGAGGGGUGUAACCUGAUCCCAGCUGUUCCCCUCUCUAAGUGGGGCAGGGCUGUCGUCUGAUGGGACGUACGGUGCACCCCACCCCUCCCGGCCAGCCGCCCACCCCUCAACCUCCUCAGGUCUCUGCGACUGAGACACCCGGUAAGGUGGUCACCUGGUCUGGCCUGGAAUGGGUGGAGACGACCGACACUAACAUCUGUCCAACAACAACAGAACAGCCCCGUCUCCAUGACAACUGAAAACAAUUCCGCUUAUGUGUUUACUGGCAAGGACAGACCAUCAGUCUGUGUAUGUGUGUCCAUGAGAGAUGAACAUCAUUUUACUAUAUUCAGAAGAGUGUUGGAUUAAUGAUGGUGCACACCCGUUUUCAAAGCAGGUUGUAUAGGCGGUGGCUGGCGCUGUUGUUCGCCUUUGCCGGUAAACUUCUCACUUACCUUAAAACAUUAUUAAGUCGGUUCUAUAAGAGGCAUAUCUGACAUUGAACAAACAGGCCAAGUAUUUUCUUAUAUCAAAAUGGCUUCCAAACAGGCAGGGCUAGGACUGAAGGGGAGAGAGUUGUGAUAGCAUGAUCUAGUGGAAAGAUCUAGUGAGCCCCAGAUGGGGCGUCCUGAGAGAGAGAGAGGGUGUUGAGAUGCAGUGAACGUUGAGCAGUCUGUUAUAUUCUCAUCGCCAUGACUCUUUAUUUGACUCACAGUGGAGAGGAGAGCCUUGCAGAGCGUCAGCACCCUGGCCGAUGACAGAGCCUGGCUUGGUGUGGCUCUUUCUCUUCUGAAGACCAUGAUGUUGUGUGGCUGGAUCCCAGUGUGGAGGGGCCUGUUGUGAGAGGUGGCCAGAUCCAAAACAGCUGCUCACAUCCUCCCCUGUUUUACCAUUUAGCAUCAACUUGGCCCGUUCCCUGCUCGUAUAGGCUCAAUUCAAUAUAGUCUGAAUAAGUUGUGUGAUGUAAAUAGGUGCUGCUGGUAAUUGCAUUAGGCGCACACAAUAGCCAUGUUGUUGUGUAACUGUCUCCUCUCACUUACCUAACCACCAACAAGGUUUUUCCACAGCAGCUUGACCAUAGAGGUCACACAUUGUGGGCCAUUACCCAUCACACUGUUUAGGCUGAGCCUGUUCAAAGUCAACAGCCCAAGUCCAAGUCAAAAUACCCCAGAGCAUCGAAACAGCUCCAGCCUCUCUGGUCCAGUCCAGUGGUGCAGCCAGCCAUGGCCAUCUCUGACCCGCUCUCUCCUCACCUAUUUUCUGGUGCCAGCCGCUCCUCCUCUCUUCCAGGCUCCUCAGCAUUUUUCAGAUCCCACAGCCCAGGCUGAGGGCGCGGGGGCCGGAGGGGAGAAGUUCUGA